AUGUGGCUGCUCCUGCAGAGCCUCCUCCUGGCCUCCAGCCUCCGCUUGGCCGCCGCCUUCCCCAAGGGCUGUUACCCCUCAGAAGAGGAGGGGCUGAAGACCUUCCGCUGCAGCAACGCUCAGCUGACCGAGGUCCCCAGGGACAUCCCCAACGACACCAACAAGCUCUACCUAGAUUCCAACCGGAUCCCAUUCCUGCCCCGUGACGCCUUCCGGGACCUGCCCCUCCUGCUGGAGCUGGACCUGUCCCAGAACUCCAUCGCCAGCAUCGAGAGCGGGGCUUUCCGGGGCCUGGCAGAGCACCUCCGCUCUCUGGAUUUGUCUUCCAACAGGCUGGUGUCAGUCAGCAAAGACACCUUCAGCAACCUGAAGGCCAAGGUCAACCUCUCCAACAACCCCUGGCAGUGUGACUGUCGGCUGCAGGAGCUGGUCCGUGCGGUGGACCUGCCCCCCGGCUCCUCGGGCGGCAUCAUCUGCCACUCCUCGGUGCAGGAGGAGCACGUGGGCAAACCUUUCCUGCAGGUGAUGGCCGACACGGACUUCUGCAACGUGUCCAAAAAGACCACGGACAUCGCCAUGCUGGUCACCAUGUUCGGCUGGUUCGCCAUGGUGAUCUCCUACCUGGUCUACUACGUGCGGCAGAACCAGGAGGACGCCCGGAGGCACCUGGAGUAUCUCAAGUCCCUGCCCAGCAAGCAGCGGAGGUCGGAGGAGUCGUCCACCAUCAGCACCGUGGUGUGA